AUGAAACUCAACCCACAGCAAGCUCCAUUGUAUGGGCGGUGUGUUAUCACAGUGCAGCUCGCUGAUGAAGAGCUGGCUGCGGAUGAAAAGGGCGUGGACUACUUCCUGCUGUUUGCUGGCAGCACACAAAGGCACCUGACCAGCACCCUAAGAAGCAGUCAUGACACCUUGCAGGCAGUGUGUCCCGCUCAUGACUGCUGCGAGGCGGUGCUGGUCACCUUGUGUUCACUUAGCCGAGGCAUCCCUGAGGCCCCUGAGGACCUAAAACCCUGUCUGGGUCAUGUGGCACCGCUGGCUGAGCAUCGAUUCAGCUUCGUCCAGGAUUUGGCUUUUGACAUGGCCCAGUUUCUGGUGAGCACAGCGGGCCGGGCCGACGGCCUCGACGGGGCGCUGCUGCUGGAUGAGUGUCAGAUUCCUCUGCAGGAGUGUGAACGUCUGGACGAGAGCCUGGCGCUGGCCCUCCACCACCUUGCGCUGCCUCCAGGAUGGAGCCUACUGGGAAACAAACUAAUCAACAGCACUGACCUGAAUCCUCAGGAGACUCUGCUGCAUUUCUCAGCUCGGCGGGGUCUGCUUCGGGUUACGCGCUUCUUGCUGCGGCAGUCUGGAGCUAGAGAAGCCCUGCGACUGGCCAACAGACAAGGCCACACCCCAGCCGCCGUUGCUGCUUUACGGGGACACGAGCGCCUCCACGAGCUCCUCAUGAAGGCUGACACAGACACAGAGACGGACGAAGGCGCUGAGAGCGUCCACCUGGUCCCUACAGAUGCCCGC